CUGACAUGGCUCUGCCAUCUGCCAAUGACCAAAGAAAAGACCUGCCUGGCUGGCCCCUGGUUGACAGAACGUCCUAGCUAAAGUCACAGUUCUGUGGACACAGUUGUGGAAAGAAGACUAGGUCUAUUAGGUACUGACUGUGCUUUAUAUUACACGUGGUAAAAUGGAGGCCCUUUCAACUAUACUGCAGCCGUAUAAGGACCUGGUGGGGAACAUUGCGGCCAUCGUGACCGUCGGCCAGAUGUUCUCAGGCUCCUUCCUCUGCUGGGAUGCGUACAAACAGGGCAACACACGUGGUAUUCCAAUCUCACCUUUCCUUGGUGGUAUUAUUAUGUCAGUGGUCAAUUUAAAAUAUGGCAUGAUACUUCGUGACGACACAAUGAUCCAAGUCAAUUUAUUUGGUCUAGCUCUGAAUAUAGUCUACAUUAUGAUAUUCUUCAACUACAGCCAAGAGAAGUUUAAAGUGUGGGGGCAAAUAGGCUUUGCGGGGGCAGUUUCUGCAGUGCUUAUAGGAUAUGCCCAAUAUGAAGACCCUAAAUUAGUCGAAAAUAGAUUAGGCCUUAUCAUUACCGCAUUCAUGUUCUACCUGAUUGCAUCACCACUAUUCGGAUUAAAUGAUAUCAUAAAAAACAAGAGCACAGAAGGUAUGCCCUUCCCCAUCAUCCUCUCUGGAUCAGUGGUGACGUUCAUGUGGCUAUUGUAUGGGAUUAUAAUAAAAAAUCAAUUUGUUAUUGUACAAAACUUGGUUGGUCUGUUCUUAUGCUCAAUACAAUUAUCAUUGUUUGUGAUCUACCCGUCGAAAUCGAAGGACGCGAAGGUGAAAAGCAAAGCGAAAAAGACUGACUAAAACAAGGUAAUGGCUACAAUAAUUUUCAAUCAACUUGGUCAAACCAAUAAAAAAAAACAAUCAAGCAAACAUGUGAUGAGUAUCAAAGUGUAAAAUAUUAAUUAUAACAUAGACAUAUAAUAAUUUUAAUACAAAUGUACAUACAGAUAAAUUAUUAUUUGCAUUUAAUUUUUUAAUCAAUCAUUGGACGGGCUGUGACAUCUAUCAGUAUAUAGAUUGUUAGACCGGUUAUUUUGUAACUCAUUGUGAAAAAGGACAUUACAAUAUUACAAAGCAAUUUGUAUUUACUUAAUAUAAUAUGUAUAAUUUACUGACACACCAAAAACCUUUAUUGUAAACUCGGGCAACUCAGGGCUUCCAAGAAUCAGGGAUAAUAUUUGUUUUGUAUUUGGGCAAAUGUUGGAGAAAAUGACAAUGUCCUAAUUAUCAAGUUCACCGUCAAAAAAUCUUUUUAUUAGCUUUUAAAUAUAACAUUCCAGUUUUAAAAUGUUUUAAUAUCCAUUAUAUGCCGGUAUGAAAAAUACGUUGACGCAUUAAGUUAGCUUGUAAGUAUUAUAUUUCAUAAACUAAGCAAACUUCGGAAAAAGUAUAUUGUAAUUAUAUAAUGUAGUUAUAUAAUGUUUUAUUUGGUAUCUACCGUUACUACAUCUUAUCUUACGUUUUGUAACAUGCUAUAAUUAUACAGGUAUUUAUCUUUAACAACCCUGACCUUGUCGCGUUGAUAUAUUCUUAACAGAUUCUAGAUGUCUGGAAUUGAUAAAUACAUUUCUUUUAAAUGAAAUAUAAUAAAACAAUUGUUUUUUUAAUCCGCAUUAUACAAAUAAAUUUUAUAAUUUUCCUGCAUACAUAUUUGGUGUAGGCAUUGUUUCAAAUAGUACAUAUUCCGCAAAAUGUAUGGGCGAUUGGACACCAUACCCAUAUAAUAUUAAUGGGUGAAUUUCACGAGUGUUUUGCAUGGAUUUAGUCUUUUAAAAUUUAAAAGCUAAUAAUUACUUUUGAUUUGAACUUCGCAGCGGUUCGCAUUGUCAUUAAAUUUUACCAUAGACAAUAAAGAUAAGAUAAUAAAGUACUGCUACAAUGUUAAUUUAAUGUUUAAUGUAUUAAAAAAAAAAGAUUUUUUAUUCAUAAAAAAUGUAGGACUCUAAGCGCUACACGCCGCGUUCAAACGCUCGUGUAAUUCACCCUAAGGCGCUUUUUUAACCGAUUUCCAAAAGGAAGGUUUACAAUUCGUCGCGAUAUUUUAACACCGUGUAAAAUACCGUCAUAUAUAAUAAUUCCAUGUACUUAUUCAUGGAAUUAUUCGUGUCGUAAGGAUGUGAUCCUUGGGUGUGUAGCCUUACUAGGACCUAAUUAUGUAUUUGUAUGUAUCAUAUAAGAUAAAAGUACCUACCUACUUGAAUCCUUGCCAUGCCUUUACAUGAUUAUACUUAAAGAUGAUCGUUUCUUGAUUGUGUUCAGGAUGCACUUGAAUGUGAUAGUAAAAUGUUUAAAUUUUAAAUCAAUAAAAUACCUAUUUUUUUGUA